AUGGCAAAGCAUUUCCUAAAGUUUGCAAGUUGGAAUAUUGAAGGUUUAUUAAGUAAAAUCGAUGACUCAGAAUUUAUUUCAAAGCUACAUAAAUUUGAUUUAGUCUUUUUAGUUGAAACGUGGUUGCCCCAUGAAAAAUGCAAUAUUAAUAUCGAUGGUUUUCAUUCAUUUUCAAAAUGUAGAAAAACGGUUUCUCAAAAUUCGCGUAGAAGUUCUGGUGGUAUAACUAUUCUUGUUAAGUCAACUCUUAAAAAAGGGAUAAAGUUUUUAGACAAGGAAAGUAGUGAAGAGUUUGUUUGGUAUAAAUUGGACAAAACGUUCUUUAAUCUCAAACAUGAUAUUUUCAUUUGCACUGUAUACAUUCCACCACAGAAUUCAUCACGUGAAUCACGAUUAAAUACUGAUCAUUUCGAAAACCUCCAAAAUAAUAUUUAUAAGUUUGCAAGCAAGGGCAAUAUCAUUUUGUGUGGAGAUUUUAAUGCUAGAAUAGGUGUUGUAGAAGAUUUUGUUGACAAAAAGUUCUUGGAAGAUGAUAAAUAUAUCACUCCAUCAUUAGACCAGCGAUAUUCAAAAGAUCACCAUGUUAAUGCUUAUGGGAAAUCCCUCAUUGAUCUAUGUAUUGGCAAUGGUAUGGCUGUUUUAAAUGGAAGAACAAACGGUGAUCUCCUUGGGCAAUUUACCUGUCAGACCUACAACGGGGCAAGUGUGGUUGACUAUGUUGUUAUCUCGCACAGCUUGCUCUCAUUUGUU